CCGUGAGUUACACCAUCAUUUUGCAAAUUUUGACAGAUCGAAGAAAAAACCUUUAUUUUGACCAUGGGCGUUAUUAAAGAAACGAAAGAGUGGCUUGAAUAUGGACAAGUCGACGACAUGGAGCACAUUAUUGAACCUGCUGUGAGCUCUUCUGAUAACGAGUCUUUGACGAAUGAGCCAGCCCAUGUGUCCAGACGUCACAAGCCCUGUCGUUCCAAACCAGUUCAUCGUGAUGGAAGUGUUAUUGCGCAGAUCAGUCAACGCAGGAAGGGUCAGAAACAGGCUCGGCGAUGCAAUAAUUUGCGAGAGCUGAUCAACAUGGUAGAAAGCAAUGAUGCAGAGUUGGACUUCAACAUGUUUGAACCCUCCAUGUCAGUAUUUGCGGAGCUGUUUGCAGAGAAAGAGAAAAUGCAGGCUUGGAAUGACUUCAUUAACUGUAGUGAGGAACAGCAGACAGCCUUCCUGACCUCUGAACCCAUCACCGAGUGUAACCAUGACGACCAGGGAAGUGACCUUGACUCCACAAGUGACCUUGAUGAGAGCUGGGAUACAGUGGAUGACAAGAGAGCAAGCCACCCAGGAUUUAGUGCGGAGGAGUGCUUCCAACGUGUUGACAAAAACAUCCGCUCCAUGCUUCGACGUAGACAUCGACCUAUGGGAAUGCUGGUGCGUUUGGAAGAAGAAGUUGUCAGUUUCUUUACGGAGUGGCCAAAUUCUGUGUAUGUGCAGCGACUCUCCAACAGUUAUGAACGCAUGAUGUUACACGCACUCUGCCAGUACCUGCAGCUCAACGCUAAAAGUUUUGACAGCGAUGAUGUACGUCAGACCGAGGUGGAGAAUCCCCAACCCUCGUUCUGCAGCCCGCCCGUGCUUUUGACCCAAUUUCUUGAGCACACGGCAAAUCUGGGAACCUCAGGAACCUCAACUACUCAAGGGAUGUCAUGAUCCCAAUACUUUGACUGUUUUAGGGCUUGCUCCAAAUUGUUCUAACUUCUGAUAUGCUGUAGAUGAAGUUAAAUUUGCAUGGUUAAAAUUUAAGCCUUUCUGUUUUUGAAGGAAAUAGUCUUUGUGUAGUCAUUGUCAUCAUCAUCAUCAUCGUUGUCAUUGUUCAACAGCUUUGACCUUGGCCAUAACUUAAAAACAUUGAAGAUAUUGAAAUGAAACUUGGUAUACAUGUUGCCAGACAAAAUAGAAUGCACAUGUUAAGCAAGGCCCAUUAUUCUUGCUUUGAUAUGUUUUUAGUUACGCCCCUUGUUUUACUGGAAGAAAAAAACAGACAAGUGUUGGCAAUUGCAUUGCAAUACUCUGAAGCAAAUUGUUUGCAAAAGUAAAAUUUUCUUGAAAUAAGGAAACUACAGUACGCCAAGUUGUUUAAGUUAGGUCAGUUUUGCAUCAAGCCCUUGCAUUGUACACAGUCCUCAAUAUUGUUUCUGUUGUUAUCUUUUUGUAAUCCGCUGAUAAGCUAACAUUGUAUACUUUUACCUGAAAUGUUCAGGAUUGUUUUUCUUUGUAUUCUUAUUAAUGAUUCUCAAGUUGAUUUUUCAAGUUGAUUUGCUGUUACAGUUUUGCCAAAUUUAAAUGUUUGUACGAAUAAAUCCUUUUUUACACGAGUUACUAAGAAUUCAAACUCAACAAAAAUUUCUAACAAUGCAGUACACAUUUAUAAUAUUACAUGUAAGAUAGAUAACCAUUAUAUGAUGUACUGAUAUGAAAUAGUUACUUCACCUACUACCUGAGUUAUUGAAAUUAUACAAAAUGAGCAUGAUGUGCCAGGUACAUAUAAUUUCUAUCACCAGGGUAAUGGGUGAAGUAUCUGUUUUGUACCAUAUUGUCAAGCAUAUCAUGCAAUAAGUAACGAGGGUGUAUUGAAAUAUCUGUGUAAUUAAUGCACAGUAGGAACCUUGAUAUGAGAAUUAAUGCAUAAACUAUAGAAAACAUUUGAAUAUGGUACAAAACCUGAAAACGCACUUAUAUGCUCACUACAACCUGUUCUCAAGGAGUCAUUUUUCAUUGUUAUUUAGGCAAAAGUUUUUGUUUUUUAUAAUGCUCUGACAUGUCCAAAAAUACUGUUUGCAGGAGGGAAAAUUUUAAAAAAGAAAAAAAAAUUGCUUCCCUACUUAAAAAAUCAAUCUGGUUUAAAAUGCUUUUGCUUGAUAUUUUAACAUUCGUUGAAAACAAUAUAAUUAUCAAACUGAUUUGCUGUUAAACAAAAAGGGACGACUAUAUUUGUUCCUGUUGGAUUUUUUCUUCAAAAAUAGCAAAAAAUAAGGUCAUUUUAAGAAAAGCUUUUGCCUUAUUAUUGUAUGGUAAUAAUAAACUCCUAAAUAUGACUGACAGGAGUAGUUAUCAAUGUAUGAUUAUUAGUGGAUCUUAAAUUAUUAUUUUCAUUUUAAGAAGCUGCAUGAAUUUCAUUUAUAAUCUUUCAUUGACAAAUCUCAAUUGCACAAUACAUGUUGUCAUGCUAUAAACCUGGUUUUGAUUUCCUUAACCAUUAAAGUGUGAAAA